AUGGUUGAUGUUCUCUAUUCACUUGUGGAUAUCAAUGAACGAUUGAAUCAAUUAGUAUUUGAUCCUUUUUAUAUUCAUAAUCUUGAUAUGACGAUGAAAUCAUCAUCUGAUGAUACUUCUUCAAUAUCUGAUCAAGUUCUUAAUAGAAUUUGUAAAAAUAUCUUACCUCGAAUUCAUCAUCAUGUUAAUAAACUUACUGUUGAACCACAUUCAUUAAAACAUAUUCUUUUUAAUGGCAAUAUUUAUCCUCAACUUUUCUCGUUAUCAUUUAUUAAUUUUCAAGAAGAAAUGCUUUAUCAAUAUUUAACAGAAGAUUCAAUUCUUCAUCGUCUUCUCACGAAACAAAUCACACAUCUUACUAUUUGUAUUGAAAAUGACAUGACACCAACAUUUUCGAAAAUUUUAUCAAAUGUAUUUGUAUUAAUUUUAUCUUCAUGUAAACGAUUAAUCAAUUUGGAUUUUCGUCAAUUAUUUCCAAAUAAAAUGAUGUCGAUUAAUACGUUUGUUCAAUCAUCAACAAAUUGUACGUCUUUAAGUUUAACUCAAUUGAAAAUUAAUGUCAAAACUUUUGAUACUUGUCUUUAUCUUCUUGAUGGACGUCUUCGUAAUUUAUCGACUUUAAUUAUUAAUGUAUCAAAUAUUUCUCAUACAUUAUCAAAUACAAAUAAAAUGAAAAGACUUCCCAAAUUGAAAUGUUUUUCAUUGAUUUCGUUUGAUGAUACAUAUCAUUAUGAUGAUGAAAUUAUUCCAUUACUCUAUCGUAUGAUAAAUCUUGAAGAAUUGAUAUUAUCUUUAUCAAUAAUACGAGUUGACUUACCUUAUAUUGAUGGUACACAUUUAUACGAUGAAAUUCAGAUGCAUAUGCCACGAUUAAAUAAAUUAAUUUUUAGUAUAAAUACAGCUGUUACUAAAAAUAACAUUAAUAUUAAUUUUCCAUCUAAAGAAGAUCUUCAACGUAGUUUUAUCGAAAGAGGAUAUCAACAAGUUGGUGUAUAUGUCGAUUCUACAGAAACGAAAGAUGAAGGAAGAUGUCAUGUUUAUUCACUUCCAUAUCAAUUUGAAAAUUUUCUUCAUCUUAACAAUUCUUUUCAAGGUGGCAUGUUUAAUAAAGUUCGGUAUUUAACUAUGACUGAUGGACGUCCUUUUGAACAUGAAUUAUUUAAAAUUAUCUCACAAGAUUUUCCUUUUCUCAAAACUUUAUCUAUAUGCAAUAAAGAACCACAAAAAAAUAAGCAACAUUCGUCAACAUUGAUUACAUUCCCUCAUCUUAUUGCUCUCAAUCUGACUCAAGCACAUAUGAUCUAUGUUUUUAAUAAAAGAAAAUAUUUUGUGAAAUUAAAAUACAUCGAUGAAGCUGAUCAAGUAAAAUAA